GGGGGAGACCUCUAUUCCGGGGAGGGGAGGGAAGAUCUCCAAGCGCUGUGAGUAGCUGGGCGAUGGCCCCGGGAAAGAGGCAGCUGCAGCUAUGGGGUUGGGAAUAAGGGGUAGGAGUGGGGCUCUAGGGUGGGCUGCUGGCCGGCUUCCAAGGCCCUGAGGGCCCGAGGUUGGGGUCCUGAACCCCUGGCCCUGCGGGGAGUAAUUAGGUCUCCAUCCCUCCGCUCCUUGUCCCCUUCACACAACACCCCUCCCCCCAUGGCGCUCAGCAUCCCAGUUCCGGAGCAUGCGCUGGACCAGCCCGCUUCCUGUCUCCCACCCCCACCCCAUUAACCCGUCCAGGGUGGCUGCGACCUCCUCUCCUUCCCAUCCCCCAUAGCGGGGGGGCGGGGGGUGCAGACCCAAUCUCCCAGGUCUUGCAGGGACCUGGCCAAGGGCAGAUGCUCCUGCGGCCUCAUGGGAGUUGUAGUUCGGGGGAGGGGGCUGAGGGAGGAGGGAGGGUCGACGUGCACUCCCCCUCCUUAGGGGCAGGGGCACCAUGGCCGAGGCCCGCCAGGCAGCGACCUUCCACCUAGACCUGGGCCAUGGGCCUCCCGGGAGCAGGUGCUGGAACCCAGCCCUGAUGGAGGUGGGCAGAGCCGGGCUGCGCUCCUGGGGCCGGAGCCUCGCCCAAUGCCGGGUAAGCCAGGGUCCAAGGGCCCUGGGCCCUUUGGGGAGCCCUGAGGGCGCCGGCUGGAGCCCUGGGAGCCAGCAGUGCCGUCUGCUCCGGCAGGAUGACAUCCUGGCCAGAGCCUGCCCGGCCGGCCCCACCAGCGCGCUCUUCCUCUUGGCGGCCAUCCAGGGCUCUCGGUUCAUGCAGCUGGACCCCUCCCUGGGGCUGGUGGACUGGAUCAAGGCCAGCCUCCCGGACUGGGGCGCGCGCUGGCUCCCAGGCGUCCAGGGGGCCGUGGCGGCCACCCUCUUCGCCGGGGGCCUCUGGAUGGUCCUGCUGCUGACCCUGCACGUCGUCCUGCGGCUCCUCCUGCGCUACCAGGGCUGGCUGAGCGAGCCUCGAGGGAGCCUGUCCUUGGCCACGCGCUCCUGGCUGUACCUGGAGUCGGUGCGGCCGUUGCUGUCGGACGAGGACUUCAGGGCCCGCAGCGUCCAGGCGCACUCGUUCCUCCAGGCAGAGGCCCCCCGGCUCCAGGCGGUCCUGGGCCUCAAGGCCUGGUGCUCGGCCAACUACGCCAGUGACUGGUGGCAGGAGUACGUCUACCUGCGUUCCCGGAGCCCCCUGCUGGGCAGCAGCAACUUCUACAUCCUGGACUUCCUCUCGGCGGCCCCCACUCCUCUGCAGGCGGCGCGGGCCGGGAACGCUGUCUACGCCAUGAUGAGGUUUCGGGAGCAGCUGAGCCGCGGGGAGGUGGAGCCUGCCACGCUGCUGGGGACCCGUCCGCUGUGCUCGGCCCAGUACCGGCAGAUGUUCAACACCACUCGUGUCCCCGGCAUCACCAGAGACCGGCUGUGCCGUGUUGGGGAUGGCCAGAGUCGCCACGUGGCCGUUCUGCACCGGGGCCGCUUCUUCCGCCUGGGGACCCACGGGGGGCCCAAGGGACGCCUGCUGAGCCCCCGCGUCCUGGAGCAGCAGUUCCAGCGCAUCCUGGAUGACCCUGCCCCGGCCAGGCCCCUGGAGGAGCGCCUGGCUGCCCUGACAGCCGCUCCCAGGGCCCAGUGGGCUCAGGCUCGGGCCUCCCUGCAGGCAGGGGACAAGAGCACGAGGGCCAGCCUGCAGACGGUGGAAGGGGCCGCCUUCUUCGUGUGCCUGGAGGAGACCCUGGGCCCCCCGGACGCAUCCCCCGAGGUGCUUCUGGAUGAGCUGGCGCGGGCCCUGCUGCUGGGAAGCGGCCACAACAGGUGGUUGGACAAGUCUCUGAAUCUCGUGGUCUUCGGCAAUGGCCGCGCCGGGCUGAACGUGGAGCACGCCUGGGCUGACGCCCCCGUCCCUUCGCACAUGUGGGAGGCCGUGUUGGCCGCCGAGUGCUUUGAACUCGGCUACUCGGAGGACGGCCAUUGCCGAGGGACGCCGGACCCCGAGCUGGGACCCCCGGAGCGGCUCCUGUGGACUGUGCCCGAGGAGGUGACCGCGUCCGUCCUGUGGGCCGUGCAGGAGGCCCGGGCCUUGGCCAGAGACACCGAGUGCCACGUCCUCCCCUUCACUGGCUUCGGCCGAGGCUUCACCCGGCGCUGCCGGGCCCCUGGGAGCAGCUUCGUGCAGCUGGCCCUGCAGCUGGCCUGGUUUCGGGACCAGGGCGGCUUCUGUCUGACCUACGAGCCGUGCCUGACGAGGCUGUUCCACGAGGGCCGCACCGAGACCGUCCGGCAGUGCACACUGGAAGCAUGCGCCUUCGUCCGAGCCAUGGAGGAUGCGCGGCAGACGGACGCCCAGCGCCUGGCCCUGUUCCGCGUGGCGGCCGAGAAGCACCGGGCUCUGUGCCGGGCGGCCCUGACCGGCGAGGGCGUCGAUCGGCAUCUCUUCUGCCUCUACCUGGUCUCCCGGCUCCUCCGGCUCCCCUCGCCGUUCCUGACCCAGGUCCGGGCCGAACGAUGGAAACUCGCCACCAGCCAGAGCCUGACCCGGCGGCCACCUUUGUUCGACCCGGCCCGUCAUCCCGAUUACGUCUGUUGCGGGGGGGGCUUCGGGCCUGCCGAUGACGACGGCUACGGCGUGUCCUACACCUUCAUGGGGGAGAGCGCCAUCACCUUCCACGUCUCCUGCAAGGUGUCCAGCCCCGACACGGACUCCCGGCGCUUCGGGCGACACGUUUGGGACGCCAUGCUGGAUGUGGCCGCGCUGUUUGGCUUCGGCAUCGGGCCCAGCACGAGGGCCCGGCCAGGAGAGGUGGCCGGUGAGGACCAGAAUUCCUGUAGAGUCUCUGGAGAGGCUGAGCCCCCGCGCGAGCCCCGGCCGGAGCCCUGAGACCCCGAGGAGCCGCUCUUGGUCGUGGGAGCAGGAAGGAAGGGCUCCACGAGGACUCGGGCCAGAGCCGUCAUUGCAGCGGCGGGAACGACCCAGCCUCAGCGGCCCGCGUGGCCCGUCUCCUCCUCGAUGUCAGCCGGUCCCGGCCUCACCUUCUGCAUCCCUCUGCUUUGGGCGCUCAGCUCCCUCCUGCCCCCCAGCCCGAUCCGUCCACGGGCCAAAGGCCGCCCCGACCUGGCCCCGGCCUGGCCCCCUCCUGUCAGCCCGGAGCUGCACCCCGAGCCCAUCUGGUGGCCAAGCUGCGUCCGACGACGGCCUCCGAGCUCUCCUGAGCCCGGGCACAGGCGGCACUGUGGCCCGUCCCCCAGCCUGCGUCGGGCGGCUGGCAAUGGCUCCCUGCACCCAGCUUCUGUUCCCCCUCAGCCCACACCCCAAGCUCAUCCUGGUGGCUGCCCAGACUCGCCUCAGAGUCGAACAAAGCCCCCCCCCCCCCCCCCCCGCCCAGACAGCCCAAAGCCGGCACCCCUUUAGCAGCCUUUGCCUCAGGAAGUAAUCAGGAAAGAAGGCUCUGCUGGGUGCCCGGCAGUGUGCUUGGAGGCCGGAAACCGUCCCUGCCCUCCAGGAGCCACACUUUACCAGACACUGACAGAAGAAGGAAAUACAAAGCUGGGGUGGGGCCGCCCUGCUGUGUGUCAUAAUGAGAAAGGGCUGUUGGAGGAGAGAUUGGAUUGGAUUUGGGUAGUUUCAGGGGUUUCGAGAUGUGGCUAGACCUCUGGGCCUCGAUUUAGGAAGACGAGUUCAAAUCCUGUCUCAUAUUCGUGUGACUCGGUUUCAUUACCUGUAAAAUGGGAAUAAUAAUAGCACCUAUCUCCCAGGAUUAUUGUAAAGAACAAACAAGAUAACAUUUGUAACGUGCUUUGCUAACCUUGAAGAGUUCUGUAAAUGAAUUCUAGCUAGUGUUUAUGAUGAUGAUUUUUAUUAGCAAAGGGGCAGCUAGCUGGUGAAGUGGAUAGAGUACCUGGAGUCAGGAAGACCUUAGUUCAAAUCCAGCUGCAGACACUUAAUAGCUGGGUGAUCCUAGGCAAGUCAUUUAACCCUGAUUGCCUUGGUUUCUUCAUCUGUAAAAUGAGCUGGAGAAGGAAAUGGCAAGUCACUCGGGGAUCUUUGCUAAGAAAAUCCCAAAUGGGGUCAUGAAGAGGUGGGUACAACUGAAAUGAUUGACUGGACAAUACUAACAUUAUUAAGAAUAACAAAUAGUCUGGUUUGACCGGUCUAUGGAAUGGGUGGAAGGGAUGAUGGGAAAUCAGUCUAUGAAGAAAGGAGAACUCGACACCAUUGCCCAGCCCUUUACCACUCCUCUGCCUUAGAACCAAUGAACAGUAUCAAUUCUAAGAUGAACUGUAAAGGUAAUGAGAAAAAAAGAAAGGAUGGGGCAGAUCGUGAGUGGUUGGAAAAGUUUGUACCUACCUUAUCCUCUUGCCCAUGGGCAUCCCGGAGCUUCUUGAGCUAGAGUGCCAGGCCGCAGGCGUGCUUGAACUCUAGUGUUCCAGCUGUCUGUCUGCUCCAUUGCCUAGCUCCUCCUACCUGCCUCAGUGACAGAAGGAGAAAGCUUUUGUAAAUUGUCUGCAAAGAGAAGUGGUCUAGGAUAUUUGUUUUUUAAAGAAUAAAUUGUACUCGAGCUC